AUGGCCCUCCCUCAGGGCCGCCCCCCCACCCCCCGAGAUCUGCUCUUCGGCGGGUCAGCCGACAUGCUCGUACGCCUCCUCGUCGUCCCUGUUCGCCCGCAGAGUUCCUCAUCUACACCGGCACGGUCCCGAAACGGCCUGAAGCGCAAAGCCGACGGCGAAGGGCCGCCCGGCUCCCCACGCUACCACAAGCGGGCCAAAACCCAAGGUGGCAAUGAUGCUCUCGCAUUUUCCGAUCUUCCCCCAGAAAUUCAUCAGCUUGUCUUUGAUCACAUCGAGUUCAUCGAGGACGUCGUCUGCCUCGUUCUUGCGAGUCGAUACUUCUGGACCUUCGCUCCAGAUUACGUCCACGCCUAUUGCAUGUCGUUCCUAGGCCGGUGGGCCGCCGAAGAGCUGGAUACGUUCCAGCAACGCAAGGCUGACCUAUGGGUUCCCGACGACGACCAUCUCGAAUAUGUGCUGUGUAAAGAGCCAUUUUCGCUUCGCCACUUCACCUCUCCUAGCGUUUCAGUUGUCGAAGAAGCCCCUGAUUUGGGCGCCGAGUCGCGGCGUCUAUACUCGCAUUGCAGAGGCCGGACCAAACAAGAGGAUUCAGAAUUUCAGGCCACAUGUUCGGAGCUCGUCGUCACAAUGUCGACCUACACGCCCCGUGACCAACCGUGGAUCCUUCGAAACCUGACGACAAAGCAGUUCGUCUGGCCGGAAGCCCUCGCCCUCAAACCAGAAUACAUCCUUGUCUUGUCACGCAUCUUUUGGUCAACGUCCUCAUCUGUCGGCAUCGACCAUACGACAAAUAUUUCGAGUGGCGUAUGGGUAAAGCACUGCUUCGAUAUCACCAUGUUAGCGAGACACCAAGACGAUACCGACGGCGAGAAGUAG